AUGGACACUGAUAUUAUUUGUGAAAAUGAUAGUAUAAUUGAUGUCUAUAAUUCAUCAGAUAUAAAAGAUCCUAAUAAUGAAUUAAGAAUUCUCAAUGCAAAGAAUGACCAGCUCAUCUUUCAGAAUAGUGAACUGCAAGAUCAAAACCUUGAUCUUAAGAACCAGGCUAAUGUACUUGAUAGUAAUAUUUCUGAGCUUAAUAGAAAUAUAAUGCUCAUUAAUGCAAAGAUUGACCAACUCACCCUGCAAAAUAAUGAGCUGCAAGAUCAAAACUUUGAUCUCAAGAACCAGAAACUUGAGCUUAAGAACCAGGUUAAUGAACUUGAUAGUUGUAUUUCUGUGCUUAAAAAUAAAAAUGUCACCCUUAAUCCAAUAGAUACCAAUAUUAUUUGUGAAAAUUUUAAUGUAUUUUCUUUCCUUACAGGAUAUGAUGCCACACCUUGA